AUGUGCACGGGGAAGUGUUCCCGCUGUGUGGGGCUCUCUCUAAUAUCUCUUUCCCUAGUCUGUAUUGUGGCCAAUGCUCUCCUAUUGGUGCCUGAUGGGAAGACCUGGAGCACUAACCAACUCAGCUUGCAAGUCUUGCUCAUGGCUGGCUUCAUCGGCGGGGGAUUGAUGGUGCUGUGUCCAGGAAUCGCUGCAGUUCGGGCAGGGGGCAAGGGCUGUUGUGGAACAGGCUGCUGCGGGAAUCGCUGCAGGAUGCUGCGUUCUAUCUUCUCCUCGGCCAUUGGAGUGCUUGGCGCCAUCUACUGCCUUGGCGUGUCAGGAGCUGGCCUCCAAACUGGACCCAAAUGCUUAGCGGAUGACAAGUGGGACUACCAUUUCCRAGAAACCGAAGGCGCUUACUUGUUCAACCGUACUCAAUGGUAUUUGUGCGAGGAGCCACCCAACGUGGUUCUCUGGAACUUGUCGCUUUUCUCAUUGCUGGUGGUUGUCUCCUGUCUGGAGAUCGUGCUGUGUGGCAUACAGCUGGUGAACGCUACUGUUGGUGUCAUUUGUGGCGAUUGCAGGAAAAAGGUGGGACAGGUCUGCAUUGUGGAAAAUGCCCUCCUAUUGGUGACUGAUGGGAAGACCUGGAGCACUGACCAAUUCAGCGUGCAAGUCCUGCUGAUGCCUGGCUUCAUCGGCGGGGGAUUGAUGGUGAAGAUUCUAGAGCACAGGCUGGUGAUCCGGGGCCUGGGCACCACUAAUUCUGGAGGCAGCCCUGGAGGAGCCCCCAACGGCCUGAGCUGA